GGUACACUGCUUAUAGGUUCUCAUCUCUUGGUUUGCCUUGCAGUGUCCGUGAAAUGGUUGGGAAUCCACCACAGCUAGAAGAAACUCAACAUGACUGGCGUUGACAUAAAAAUCGAGCCAAGUAGCCCAAUUUCUGCAUUGCCUCAUGCCAUGACAGAUGUUGCCAUGGAGGUAGAGUCUAUCGUCCUUCCCAACGCAUUACCUGACGGCACGGCAGCUGUUGACAUAAAGGUAGAGCCAAUUAACCCUCCUGCCACGCUGUCUUAUGAUGUGAUGGGCAUUGACAUCAAGGUAGAGCCCAGUAGCCCACCAACUACUCCACUUCCGGAUGAGAUGGGCUUUGACAUCAAGGUAGAGCCCACUAGCCCACCAACUACAACACCUCCUGAUGUAAUGGGCAUUGACAUCAAGGUAGAGCCCAGUAGCCCACCAACUACUCCACCUCCUGAUGAGAUGGGCAUUGACAUCAAGGUAGAGCCCACUAGCCCACCAACAACACCACCUCCUACAUAUGUUGACACCAACAAAGGAGGGCCAGCAGCUGAUUCAACAGUUGCAAGUGACAGCACUGAAACUUCAAAAGACAGCAUGGAUAUCAGCCUUGGAAUCUUGGAAGGUGCUACAGAAUCUUCACCAAGAAAGUGUGACAGGAGUGUCGGCAGCUUGUACGAGUGUGACGUGUGUGGGAAGUGCUUUAAAGGAACGGGCAGCCUGAAAAGGCAUCGGACCUUGCACACAGCCAGGAAGCCGGAGUACUCGUGCACUCUCUGUAGCAGGCAAUUCCCUAACAAUUAUAGGCUAUUCCUACACAAGUUUGAGCACACGGGCGAGAAUCCCUAUCCUUGCCAUUUUUGUGGCAAGAAGUCUUCAUCUAAGGCUGGGUUGAUUAAACACAAGCGUCUGCAUACGGGUGAAAUGCCAUAUGUAUGCCAGAUAUGCCCAUCCAAAUUCUGCUCUAAAGGAGCUUUGGAGAGGCACAAGCAGCUGCAUGCAGCUGGAGUGGAGAUGGUCCACUGUCCGGAGUGUGGCAAGACCUUCAAGCGGGCGAAAGCGCUGCAGACACACUUGAAGCGGCAGCACAGAAAGGAGAGGCCACUUUCGUGCCAUCUUUGCCCAGCCAAGUUCACUUACGAAUGUCAUUUAAAGAUGCAUGCGUUGACGCACUCGAGUGAAAAGAGGCAUAAGUGUGCCGUGUGCGAGAGAGGCUACAGCAGGCGUGAAUGCCUCAGAAGACACGUGGCCACUAUGCAUGUUGGAGUCAAGGCUGCCAUGGCAAGCACCGACAGCAGGGUGGAGAUGCCGAGUAGCCCCCUCUCCAUGCAGCCUCCUGACCCUCUGGAAAUGGAUACAAAGGAACCAUCUGAGUCUCCAGUAAUUAUGCCAAAGAUUUUUACCGCAGCAUCAUCAACAAGCGGUACUCAAAUACCAGGAAGUGUAGCCACAACAGACAGCAACAAAGGGUGAGCAGUGCCUGG